GAAUAAUCGCCUAGUGAGCUAUCCCUGGGAUUAGUGGGGCUUGGGAAACCGUUUGGAUGGGCGCUCCGUAUCGCCAACGCCACUGGAUCUUAUUUAUCACCUGGGUUACAAUGUACUUCCCCUGAGCAACAAGGACAUGACAUCAGCGUGACAAUGAGAACCUGCUGACAACCGCUCCCUCCCACCUCAAGCCAGAAGACCUUCCUUGGUAGAACCAAGGUCCUUCUGAGACAGGAAACUCUCCGUUACCAUUUUUUCCCCCUUGAUUGUUUCCUCUGAGCCUUCAAAACUGUUUCUCCAAAGGGUUUUGCAGAAACUUAGACUGUUUUCUAAAGCAGAAGCACCUCAGUCCUCAACUGAAGUGAUGGGCAGCGUGCGAAGCAACCGCUACAGCGUUGUGUCUUCAGAAGAGAACGGGAUGAAGCUGGCAACCAUGGCAGUUGCCAACGGGUAUGGGAAUGGAAAGAGCAAAAUCCAUACCCGGCAGCAGUGCCGAAGCCGCUUCGUCAAGAAAGACGGCCACUGCAACGUCCAGUUCAUCAACGUGAGCGAGAAGGGGCAGCGCUACCUAUCCGAUAUCUUUACCACGUGCGUGGACAUUCGUUGGCGGUGGAUGCUGGUCAUCUUCUGCCUGGCUUUCAUACUGUCUUGGCUUUUCUUCGGCUGUGUCUUCUGGCUGAUAGCUCUUCUUCACAAUGACUUGGGGGCACCAGAAAACCAUAGAUCUUGCGUGACAGAGGUCAAGAGUUUCACAGCAGCCUUCCUCUUCUCCAUCGAGACCCAAACGACCAUUGGCUAUGGAUUCCGAUGCGUAACGGAUGAGUGUCCCAUGGCGGUGUUCAUGGUGGUCUUCCAGUCCAUCGUUGGCUGCAUCAUCGACGCCUUUAUCAUCGGUGCUGUCAUGGCUAAAAUGGCCAAACCUAAAAAGAGGAACGAGACUUUGGUUUUCAGUGACACCGCUGUCAUAGCCAUGAGAGACGGCAAACUCUGCUUGAUGUGGAGAGUGGGCAAUCUCCGAAAGAGUCACCUCGUAGAGGCUCACGUCCGAGCCCAACUCCUUAAGUCCCGCAUCACGUCCGAAGGGGAGUACAUCCCCUUAGAUCAAAUAGACAUUAACGUUGGCUUUGACAGCGGCAUAGACCGGAUAUUCUUAGUUUCUCCCAUCACCAUUGUCCAUGAGAUUGACGAAGACAGUCCGUUGUAUGAUCUUAGUAAACAAGACUUGGACAAUUCUGACUUUGAAAUAGUGGUCAUAUUGGAAGGUAUGGUGGAAGCUACGGCCAUGACCACUCAGUGUCGGAGCUCCUACCUUGCUAAUGAAAUCUACUGGGGUCACCGCUACGAACCUGUCCUUUUCGAAGAAAAACAUUACUACAAGGUGGACUAUUCCCGCUUCCACAAAACCUACGAAGUGCCCAAUACCCCGGUUUGCAGUGCCAGGGACUUAGCGGAAAAGAAAUAUAUACUUUCCAACCCAAAUACUUUUUGCUACGAGAACGAAGUAUCGCUCACGAGCAAAGAGGAGGAAGGCAGUGACAUGGGUCUACCGGAUAGCAUGAGCACGGACAUGCAUCCAGAUAUAGACCACCACAACCAAGUUUCCCUCGACCCUAGGCCGCUAAGGAGAGAAUCUGAGAUAUGACUAAAAAAACUGCUAGCUUCAGCUGGUCAACUUAGCUGGUCAACGUGCAUGGCUGAGCAGCGGUCCCCACUGCCGUUUUCAGACGUCGGUACUGUUGGACAGAGGUGAUACGGAGACGGUGCUCGAUGCUGUCAAGCAAACUGUUGCAAAUGUCGGGAGAGGUGUAGGCCGUGGUGAUCUAAACUGGAACUUGCAUACUGGUGUUCCAUGUUACUGGGCACACCCUCACAAUGGGACGCUAGAGGAAAUCCCAUAAACCUCUUGUAGGACCAUCUCUUGAAGGCCCCCCUCCCCCUUUGCUCCACCAGUUGUUCCUGGUGAUACCUAUAACGUAAAAAAAAAGGACAGGCAGCUGGGAUAUAGAGACAAAGCACUAAAGUGUAACCAGAAGGCACAUAAUGUAAAAUGCAUAUUAUGUAUGUUUUUUUGGGGGGGGGGUUUGGAAAAAAAAAAUGGUAAAACUUGAACUUGCAGACAAGCUCGUUGGGUUUUCAACCUCUUGGGUAUUUUUUUAUUUUUUUUUGUAAUAUUGGGAACAAGUCCAUUUUUAAUGGCAUAACAAUAGGCAAAUCUCUGCCUUAACGUCCGGAGCUGCUGCUAUUCACACACACACACCCUGUCAAUUCUACUGCGGUGUUUUGUAAUGUUUCAGUGUUGGGUUCAGGGGCAAAAACGGCAACCAAGGAGUUGGCCAAAAAAAGAAAAAAAGCCAAAUGAAAUUUUUGUAUUUGAACCGUGUUCACACACAGAUACAAUAUAUUCACUUUAGAGAAAGACUCUGCAACGUGGUCCUGGGUGGAGUAGUGUAUAUUUUUAUAUGGGGGUUGGGGGGGUAAAAAAAUUCUAAAACCUAUACCAAAGAAAAUGCUAAACUUGUGUUCAAACCCCCUGCUUGCUGGGAGGUCGUCUUUUCAGGAGCAAUGGGGAAACUUGGUGUAAACGCCUGCUGCUACGUAAUAGCCUUCGUAUAUGGAGAGGGAGGGGUACUCUGUGAGUAGAAUAGGGGCACAAAUUACCUCCCUUGGGGGGGGGCACUAUGAAAAAAAGUAUAAUGCAAGGUCAGGUGUGCUGGGGACGUUCCAAUUUUUUGGAAAUUGAAUCAGCAUAUUUUCUAACCCAUUAGGCCCUAUGGAAUAGAGCAUUUAUUUUUACAUUUUAAGUGUUACCUGUUGCAGGCUCCUCAGGGGCACCUAGAGUUUUUAUUUUAUUUUUGCUUCGUUAGAUGGACUGACUAGAUGUCCUCCAGAUAGAGAGGGAAGAGGAGAAAAGCUGCUAUGUGUCAUCACGUGGAUGGUUGCAAAGUGCAGGGAGUUCAUUUCCAGAGAUAGGGGAGAGGCCUUGGGUGGAUUGAUCUCGUAUCAAAAAUUUGGAAUAAAGAACCUUAUUUGGAACUGAAUAAACGUAUUGGAAAGAAAUGAUUCUUUGGCCAGGAGAACCCCGUAAAGGAAUCUCUGAUAACUGUAAACACGGGAAAGUGAAAUCCUUGAUACAUUCCUUGAGUUUGGCUGAGGACUCUUUUGGUAUGAGGAGCCAUGUGCGGGCCAUAUUGACAUUUUUUUUUCUCUUUGUGUCGUCUGAGCAGGACAGCCUCUCAUCUCAGGCUGCACAGGAGAGAGACACUAACCCCCUGAGUCCUCAGCCAGAGUCACGUGAAUGCAUAAAAAAAGUCACAAAAAGUUGGAGAUAAGUUCUCCACUUUAGAGAAUGAUUCCAAUCUGCAUUGACGUGGAACCUUUUUUAUCUGCCCUCCCUUUCUCACAUAGAGUCCCAGAUGUUUUUUGAGUCCAAAAAAAAUUGUAUUUCAGCAACGACUAGUCAGCCAAUACAUCCAGCCGAAGAUGCGAUGGAAAAGGGUGUGAGAGACGAAAGCUUUAAACCGUGUCUUGUUAUCUAUAUGCCAUUAAAAAUAUCCUUGUUCUGAUCUGGGGUCACUUGGAUGUCAACCUGUGAAGGCCACUUUGGCUUUUGUAAAAAAAAAAAAAAAAAAGUUCUGCAAUGAAACGGUGAUACCUGAUGUAGCAAUGUAUCGAACGUGGAUUCUAAAGCUGGCCAUAGACCGUUGGUUCCUCCUGACCUCCCCAUAGGCUCAGCCAAGCGGGCAUGUUAUCUCAAUGAAGAGGGUUGAGUAAACCACUGCCAGACACCACUGGUGGUGGCUUAUCUCCCUUGAGAACGAAGAAUUGGACAUGUUGAAACCAUAUGGUCAAUCAUUUCAUUUUCAAACACUUUUUUGACUUUGGUUGACCUCUGUCGAAUGUGUAUGGCCACCUUUAGCUCAGAUUUUCAGUGGCUGGUAGCAGGCCAUAUUUUCUAUGUAUUUUUUUUUUAUAUGUACAUAAGGGUGUAUGUACCAUAGAGGUAGAUACUUGUGGAAAGAAAGGCCUAAGUCAAAGCUGUCUACCUUCCUCAUGGUAGCGUGAUUU